UGUCUUUCAACAUCACAUCAGCAGUCCGCAGCCACCUAAACGGAUGAACUCCCAGAAUUCUUAUACAUCUUCAGAGAAAAGUGUCAGGAAGAGAGAGAUGGAAGGGGUAGAACAGAGGAAACAUCGAAGACUGGUUCUAGUCCCUGGUCCAUUUCAGGGGCACUUAACUCCUAUGCUUCAGCUGGGAACCAUCCUUCACUCCAGAGGGUUCUCCAUCACGAUUGCUCACACAAAAUUCAACCAUCCCCAUCCUUCUAGUCACCCUGAUUUCCACUUCCUAUGCAUAGAAGACAGACUAUCCAAAGAUGAGGUCCAGUCCCGAGAUCUAGUAUCUCUCGUAUUAACUCUUAACACUAAAUGUGAACAGCCCCUUCGAGAAUUCCUAGCUCAAGACCGGAUAGCUUGCGUCUUUUACGAUGCCCUCAUGUACUUCUCAGAAUCGGCAGCUCGUCCUCUGAAGAUUCCAAGUGUCAUUCUGCACACAAACAGUGCUGCAAGUUCACUGGCUCGUUCCUUCUUACACCAGCUAAAGGCUCUAGGUUUCAUUCCACUACAGGAGUCCAUGUUGCAGGACCCUGUGCCGCAACUUCAACCUCUCCGUUUUAAAGAUCUCCCAAUCUCCCAUUUCGGGAGACUAGAAGAUCAUCUGCAGCUGAUAUCCCUGGCUGGUGAUAUCAGAACAUCCUCAGCACUCGUGUGGAACACCCUCGAGUGUCUCGAGGAAUCACCACUGGCACAGCUUCGGGAAGAUUAUCGGGUUCCAAUCUUUUCGCUGGGCCCUCUAAACAAACUAGCUCCUGCAGGUUCGUCCUCCUCCUCUACUGGUCUCUUGGAAGAGGACAAUGCUUGCAUCUCUUGGCUCGAUAAGCAAUGUCGAAAUUCGGUCAUCUAUAUAAGCUUGGGGAGCAUCGCUUCCAUUGAUGACAGGCAGUUGAUGGAAAUGGCUUGGGGGUUAGCCAACAGCGGGCAGCCCUUCUUGUGGGUUGUCCGACCCAACCUAGUUCGGGGUUCUGAAUGGAGCGGGUUUGAGUCACUCAGCAAAGGGUUCAAGGAGAUUGUUGAGGAGAGGGGCUGCAUUGUGAAAUGGGCACCACAGAGGAGGGUGCUGAGCCAUGGUUCUGUAGGAGGAUUUUGGAGCCAUUGCGGGUGGAAUUCUACUCUAGAGAGCAUCUGCGAAGGGGUCCCAAUGAUCCGUCAGCCGUGUUUUGGUGACCAGAGAGUGAAUGCAAGGUAUCUCACCAGUGUAUGGAAGGUCGGCUAUGAACUCGGGGACGGUGAGAACGACAGGAGGAGUGUUGAGAAGGCAAUAAGAGAACUCAUGGUGGGGACACAAGGGGAGGAGAUGAGGCAGAGGAUGUCGAAGUUGAAGGACAAGGUUGAGGUUAGUAUUCAAGAAGGCGGAUCAUCCUACGGGUCCUUGGAGAGGUUAAUUGAGUUUCUUCAAUCAAUUUAGCCCGAUAUCCAAGAGAGCCGGUUUGUGUGUGUGUAAAGAGCUAGCUUUAGUUUUUGGCAAUUAGGCAUCAAUCCAUUGUAUGAUCAGAUUUGCUCAAAACAGGGGAAAUUCUUCGGUUCA